AUGUCAACUUCAUCAAGUGAGAAGGCACUUGAUACUGGCACGAAUUGGAAUAUUGAGGUUUCUUCGUUUGAGGAUACCGUUGAUCUCGACGCCGCUGAUGAGUUGGAUGGGAACGUUACUAUCCAAAGCUUUGAUCAAGAGUAUGAUGAAGAUGAGGAUGACGAGGAGGAUGAGGAUGAAGGAAAUGAAAGCUCUGAUCCCAUAGUUCUUAUAGAAGAUUAUAUGAGAAAUUCCUCUGCAACGGUACAAAGUGAUGAAAAUGCUACAGAAACUGUCAAUAUAAUUCCUGAUAAUAACAAUACCACUUUUGAUAGACCUUUAAAUAUUGGUUCUGAAUCCCCACCAAACCUGUGGCAAAACGUGGCAAGGAAACGGUCUAUUGCUGCCUUUAAGUUGAAAUACCACACUCAGAUCCAAAUAGGAUCUGAUGAUAAAAGCAUAUCAUCUACCUCUCCAAUACUAUCGAAUCAUACCACCACAAGUUCUGAGGAUUCGUAUGGGUUACUUAAUUCAACUGUUAACACAACAUAUUCUCACACCCUUCUUAAGAAGAGAUCCAUUUCAGCAGAUUCCUAUGUCUACAAAAGUGAAGAUCUUGAGGAGAUAUUUGGUAAGAUCCCUGGUGCUGAUUUACUUAAGCAUUGUGAUUUAUGUGACAAGCCUUUGUAUGAAGUGAGUUCAAUCAUUAUGAAUCACAACAAGAAGAGAGCCAAAAAGGGAGGGGUCAAUAGAUCUUCAUCGUCUGCUGAUCUUAGCCCAUAUCUGGAGUUCGUGUGUGGAGAUUGUAUUGGAAUGUAUGAAACAUUUUUGAAUGAUUUCCUACAACAAUAUCUUGAAGAGCAACGUGCCCAACAGCAGAAGAAGAUGGCAAUUGACGAGGGCCAAACACAAAGCGCAUACACCAUUGUUCCUUUUACUGAAGAAAGAUCAAAUGUUGGUGGUGAGCUGAAUAUUCAAGUUAUUGCAAAAAAUAUAGAUACCCAGAAGGAGUACAAAGAUGUGUCGGUAUUGGGGUCGUUAACCAGAAACCCUUGUAGCGAUCGUCUAGUAAAGCUUUUCAAGGAUAUUCAAAAUAAAUAUGAUCUUACUGAAACCAUGCAGAGUUCAGAUGAUGGUCAACUUACCCUGGAAUCAGCUACAAAUUCCACCAAUGAGGUUGAAAAGGGGUUUUCACCUGAACUAAUUUCUCAAUUAAAGAAACAUACAUCCUCCAAUCUGAUAUUGAAGCUUAUACAAAGCAAAUUACGCUGGAGAUGGAACUACGACGGCAUGGUCCCAACGGCAUGA